CACAACCACGGAGUUCAGCUCUCGAUAUAUAGCCUCCAGGACCUCUAAGCUGCUUCGUAAAUGAACAUGAUGCGUAUACGACGUACGUAUCAGAGCUGUCAGAAGCUAUCGUGGCCCGGGCGCAAGGCCGCUGACUACAAAGUAAGUUGCCCCCUUUCAAAAGUCCGCAAAUCUGUGUGACUUUCUCUACCCAUUACAGCCCACUCCACUAGUGAUACUUGCUUGAAGCCAGUCUUGAUACGGUGACACCGUGAAAUGUCGCAAAUCUCAGCCAAAUGCACCAGUCGACCACAACCUCAGCUUGCUCACGAAUGUGCAGUAGGCGAAUUGUUUGGUCGCGCUCCAAUUUACGACGCCAUAUUCUCUUGCGUCUCGCCCCGCACGCUUGUGCGCACUGGCCGCAGUUGUCGUGCCGCGUACGCUGCAUCCAAGGACUUUUCUCAUCGUGCCUACAACAUACACCGGCAUCUUUCUUACUUUCUUUCCGACCCCCUCAGUUUUCGCAGUUUACAGGCGCAUACCGGGACGCUUAUUGCGGGCUCGAACGCACUUCAAUUUCUGGAUAGGACGUUCUAUCCCAAAUCUGACAUGGACCUUUACGUGCAUCCAGGGCACGUGAGAGAAGUGAUAGACUAUCUUGUUGAAAGAGAGGGAUAUAAAUUCAAGCCAGACUCGUCUCAACCUGAGGAUUACCGUGAAAUCGUGUCUGAUGAGUGGGACGGUACUCAAAGUCGCGAUGAGUCACUUGAAGAUGACGAGCUCUUACUAUACUACCAAAUCAAAGGAGUCGAAUCUGUACUCUCAGUCGAGAAACGUGGCCCGGACGGUCUUCUGAAGAUCCAACUUAUAGGAUGCGAGACGAGCCCAUUCGAUACCAUCAUAAACUUCCAUUCCACCUGUGUUAUGAACUUUAUAGCCUUCGACGCAGUUUAUUCUUUGUACCCAGUGGGGACUUUUGAAAACAGGGAUACUCUUUCAGUUUGGCGGGCAAGGCCACUGCAUGACCUUUCUGUCGUGAUCAAGUACAGCGAACGCGGCUUUGCAUGGAUUUCCACACUACCGGCCGGCACUUCCCCAUACACUUCCCCCUUCCACCCUUUCACAGACCGCACCGUUGGAGACCAAUAUACUUGGAGGCUGCCUCUGGAUACUCAGGGAGUCGCUCUGCGUCCACAAGUGAACCAAUCUUCCUCUCUUUUCCAGUGCGACCCUGUAAUCUACAAUGGCUGGGCGCUGGAGCGAGUACAACACGGAAUGGGCACCGUCUACAAGACAAUCAAAUCGUCGGUUUUCCGGUACAACUACACGACCACUAACUACAAGCUGAACUUCAAGCUGUGGCUGUUUGCGAUCGAACGGGGCUUUCUAAGUCGCAUACUGCUGGAAAACCAUUUGCUGGAGAAAGAGAGCUGGCCGUGGUACGCCGACACUAUCAUCGCUUAUGUUCUAUGGAAAUUGACUUCGGUUCGUCUUUGAAGGUUUGACACUGAGCUUGCCAGCUUCUGGGAGACUUUCAAGCAUGAUUUUCUGUCCUUCAUUAAACGGGACUCUACUUAAUACAAGGCUUCCAUCAUACGGCUCAGCAGUUCUAACAUUACGAUAUCGUGUUAUUGAAGCUGAGCAGCCCGUCUUUUCCUUUCGUGUAACGUCCCACUCCUAUGACUGCUCAACUCCUGUAGACUGUUCGACUCGUGUAAACUUUUUAUUAUACGUCACAUGUCCGAUAAUAGUACGCCGUUCAAAAUAUCUUUCUGAGAGCUGAUAUUCUCCUCGUUUGGAUUCUAGAGCAAACCUUCAUUCAGGACGGCGAGGCGUCAAUAUCCCAGUCAACCGUCUGACUCAGCGAUCCUCCUGCUUCAAC